UAGUUGAAGAUUUUGGAAACAUUUCCAAAUUCUCAAACCAACACAAGCUUUUGUUGGUAAAGGUGUCAAAAACUCAAAUGCUCAAGACAAGAACUUUGCAUAUAUAGCCAUCAAAAUUUGAGAAUGUAUUACAAGUUUCUAUUAAACAAAUCACCUUAAUAAAUCACCUAACUCCAGCUUGAUCUAUCAAUGGCUUGUGCUCUUCCUCAUCAUCUCUUCUUCUUCUUCUUCUUCUUCUUACUGUUCCUCCUGCCAUUUUCUACUGUUGCUCAGACUAAUGGUACCGUAGCUGUGGGUACAUCUAUCACUGCAAAUACCAAGGAUACCCCAUGGCUGUCACCCUCUGGUGUUUUUGCAUUUGGGUUUAAACCACUUCAGGAAAAGAAUCUCUUCUUGCUUUCCAUAUGGUACCACCAAAUACCCGACCAAACCGUUGUCUGGUAUGGGAAUGAUGGUAUCCCUAUCUCAACUGGAUCCAAACUAGACCUAACUGGUGACAGAGGGCUAGUGCUCAGUGACCCUCAAGGCAAUGAAUUGUGGAAGUCUCAGUUCAUUGUCGACAGUGUUGCUUAUGGUUUUAUGAAUGAUACCGGCAACUUUCUGCUUGUGCGCAGCGAUUCCUUCAAUCUAUGGGAGAGUUUCAAAUAUCCAACUGAUACCACGUUGCCUACACAGAUUAUGGAGUCCGGUGGGGUAAUAUUUUCUCGCCUUUCGGAGACCAAUUUCUCGCAGGGAAGGUUUCAAUUUCGUUUGCUCCUGGAUGGGAAUCUUGUGCUUAAUACAAGAGACAUCACUACCAAUUUUGCUUAUGAUGCUUACUAUAUCAGUGGUACUUUCGACCCCAACAAUUCGUCCAAUUCUGGUUACCAAGUGAUCUUCAAUGAUGCAGGAUUCAUGUACAUAUUGAGAAGGAAUAACCAAAGAUUUGAUCUCACACCACAACAACUAUUAUUCCCAACUACUGAAUACUAUCACAGAGCAACUCUUAAUUUUGAUGGAGUUUUCACCCAAUAUUAUCAUCCAAAGAGUUUUGAUAGCAGUACAAAGUGGACUCCAAUUUGGUCAGCGCCAGAUAAUAUAUGUCUUAAUAUUAAUGGAGAGGAAGGCAGUGGGGCUUGUGGGUUUAACAGCAUUUGCACCCUCAAUGUAUAUAAAAGGCCAGAAUGCAAAUGCCCGCCAGGGUAUUCGUUACUUGAUCCGAACAAUACGUAUGGAAGUUGCAAGCCAAAUUUCUCACACAGCUGUUCAGAAGAUGACAUCAAUUCCGGGGAAGAGCUAUACGAUCUUCUUCCUCUAAAAGAUACUGCUUGGCUAACGUGUAAAUAUGAGCACUUGCAACCUGCAAGUGAAGAUCUGUGCAGAAAGUCUUGCCUCAACGACUGUUUCUGUGUUGUUGCCCUUUUGUUAAAUGAUAGCUGCUUCAAGAAGAAGCUACCCCUUUCAAAUGGGAGACAGGAUAGAUCUGUUAAUGGUCAGGCUUUCUUGAAGUUUAGGAAAAGUGAUGUUCCUCUAGUACGACCUCCUCCUCCUCCAAUUCCAAAACCAGAGAAGAAAGGGGGGACUUUAAUUAUCGUUGGAUCGGUUUUCCUGGGUAGCUCUUUGUUUAUCAAUUUUGUAUUUAUUGGUGCCGUUUGCUUGGGCUUUUUCGUCAUCUACCAUAAGAAAAGCAUAAAAAACAGUCAUGGCGAUCACUGUGCUGCUGAAACGAAUCUUCGCUGUUUUACCUACAAAGAGGUUGCAGAAGCUACAGAUGGUUUCAAGGAGGAACUGGGAAGCGGAGCUUUCGGUAUUGUUUACAAAGGGGCGAUACAAAUGGGUUCCAGAGUUGUUGUUGUUGCAGUGAAGAAACUAGAUAGGUUGGUUCAAGAGAGAGAGAAGGAAUUCAAAGCUGAAGUAAAUGUGAUUGGGCAGACACAUCACAAGAAUCUGGUCUGCUUGCUCGGAUUUUGUGAUGAAGGACAACACCGGAUGUUAGUUUACGAGUUCUUGAGCAAUGGGACUUUAGCAAGCUUUCUCUUUGGGGAAAAGAAACCUAGUUGGAACCAAAGGACCCAAAUUGCAUUGGGGAUUGCCAGAGGACUUGUGUACCUACAUGAAGAAUGCAGUACCCAGAUCAUCCAUUGUGAUAUAAAGCCUCAGAACGUACUUCUGGAUGAUUAUUACAAUGCUCGAAUUUCAGACUUUGGGUUGGCUAAACUUCUGAUGUUGAAUCAGAGUAAGACCAAUCCUGCUACUAUUAGAGGGACAAAAGGGUAUGUUGCAGCAGAGUGGUUCAACAGAAAGCCAAUCACUGCAAAGGUUGAUGUGUAUAGCUAUGGUGUAUUGCUACUAGAGAUCAUUACUUGUCGAAGAAGUGUUUGCGAUUUGGAGAAUGGUGAAGAAGAGAAAGGAAUUCUGACUUAUUGGGCUAGUGACUGCUUUCAGGAUGGAAAAUUGGAUGCUUUGGUUGAAAACGAUAUGGAAGCGUUAAAUGAUUGGAAGAUGCUGGAGAGAUUCCUGAUGGUUGGAAUUUGGUGUAUUCAAGAAGAUCCAUCUCUGAGGCCUACAAUGAGGAAAGUUACUCAGAUGCUUGAAGGUGUUGUUGAAGUUGGUUUGCCUCCAUCUCCAUCCCAAUUUUCUUAUACUAAUUAAGUUUUGCUUUUGUUGCUCUGUUCUAGUGGUUCUGUUGUCAGUAUAGUCAACCAAUUUGUGGGUAUGUUGUUCACUUAAAAAUAAUUUAUGGUCAUUCAAUUUUUGUGUUUAAAGUAACAGAGCUCUUUAACUGAACGCAUAUAGUGUAUCGUGAGCGAUGUUUUAAAAAUGCUGGCAGGAUCAUCUGUAUUUUCUGGUUCAUCAAAAGCCUGAAAAUGAACACAACUGUACAGAGUCUCUCUUUUGUUGUUACUGUCAUAUGUCCUGGGCUCCCAGUUAAAUUUAUAUAUUUUGGGUUUUGUUUUACAAAA